UACCCUCCCUCCUGUAUAUUUAUUACUUGACACAUUCUCCACUUCCCUCAUCAACACCACACCCCAGUCACGCACGUACCCUCCUCCUCCUCCUCCUCCUCCUCUCUCUCUCUCUCCAUCAUCGUUUGUCCUAGCUAGCUUUUGCUUCAGGAGGAAGAGGGAAAAGGCAAGAUUAAGACACCAUGAUAUCCAUUGCCUCUAAUAAUUCCGUUGAAACCCAAAAGCCUGCUGAAAUCUCUUCCCCCAAUCUCAUUUCUGACAUUCAUCCUACCUCUUCACAACAAAACCAAGUCCCUGAUAAUAAUAUUCAUUCCCCAACAACAGCCGCCGCCGCCACUACCACCAGCAACACCACCAACCAUGUCUUCAAGUCAAAAUUACCAGACAUACCCAUCCCCGACCACCUCCCUCUCCACACCUACUGCUUUCAAAAACUCUCCGAAUUCUCCGACAGACCCUGCUUGAUCGUCGGCUCCACCGGAAAAUCCUACUCUUUCUCCGAUACCUAUCUCAUUUCUCAGAAGACCGGAGCCGGCCUCUCCAACCUCGGCAUCAAGAAAGGCGAUGUCAUCAUGAUCCUUCUCCAAAACUGCGCCGAGUUCGUCUUCGCCUUCAUGGGCGCUUCCAUGAUCGGCGCCGUCACCACCACUGCCAACCCCUUCUACACCGCCGCCGAGAUUUUCAAGCAGUUCAAGGCUUCCAAUGCCAAGCUCAUCAUCACUCACUCCCAGUUCGUCGACAAGCUUCGAGAAGCUCCUGCCGACGGCUCCGCCCCCUACCAAAAUAACUACCCGAAACUUGGCGAACACUUUAAAGUUGUCACAGUGGAUGAUCCUCCAGAGAAUUGCUUGCAUUUCUCGGUGAUCUCGGAGGCCAACGAGACGGAGCUUCCGGAGGUGGUGAUCGAUCCGGAGGACCCAGUAGCGUUACCAUUUUCUUCGGGGACGACGGGGCUGCCCAAGGGUGUGAUUCUAACGCACAAGAGCUUGAUCACCAGCGUGGCCCAGCAGGUGGACGGGGAGAAUCCAAACCUGUACUUGAAGGAAGACGACGUGGUACUGUGCGUGCUGCCGCUGUUUCACAUAUACUCGCUGAACAGUGUGAUGCUGUGCUCGCUGAGAGCAGGGGCGGCAGUGCUGGUGAUGCACAAGUUUGAGAUUGGGACACUGCUGGAGCUGAUACAGCGGUACCGGGUGUCGGUGGCGGCGGUGGUGCCACCGCUGGUGAUAGCAUUGGCGAAGAAUCCAAUGGUGGCGCAGUUCGACCUGAGCUCGAUUAGAGUGGUGUUGUCGGGAGCGGCGCCGCUGGGAAAGGAGUUGGAGGAGGCGCUCAAGAGCCGAGUCCCUCAGGCAGUCUUGGGUCAGGGAUAUGGGAUGACUGAAGCAGGGCCGGUGCUAUCGAUGUGCUUGGCAUUCGCAAAGGAACCGUUGCCAACCAAGUCAGGGUCAUGCGGGACGGUGGUUAGAAAUGCAGAGCUCAAGGUCAUUGACGCUGAAACUGGUUGCUCCCUUGGCUACAACCAACCCGGCGAGAUUUGCAUCCGCGGCUCUCAAAUCAUGAAAGGGUAUUUGAAUGAUGCGGAGGCAACGGCAACGACGGUGGAUAAGGAGGGGUGGCUUCACACUGGUGACGUGGGUUAUGUGGAUGAUGAUGAGGAGGUUUUUAUUGUGGACAGAGUGAAGGAGCUCAUCAAAUUCAAAGGCUUUCAAGUGCCACCAGCUGAGCUGGAGUCCCUACUUGUGAGCCACCCAUCCAUUGCAGAUGCAGCCGUUGUUCCGCAAAAAGAUGAGGCUGCUGGUGAAGUUCCUGUUGCAUUUGUGGUUCGAUCCAAUGGUCUUCAACUUACUGAAGAGGCUGUAAAAGAAUUUAUAGCAAAACAGGUGGUGUUUUACAAGAGACUGCACAAGGUGUACUUUGUCCAUGCCAUUCCAAAGUCUCCCUCUGGAAAGAUAUUGAGAAAAGACCUGAGAGCCAAGCUGGCCACACCAACCCCAUUGGCCUAAUGGCCUUUCUAUAAUUAAGCAGACGUCGUGUACGUUUUUGUACAUCAACCAAUUCAUGAAUCGGUGCUUCUUUCUUUAAAUUAAAUCAAAUUGCUUGUUUGCUGCAGUAAAGCAGGCAUUAUUAUGAUUUUUUUUUUCUUUGAAUAAUAAUGCAAACAGCUCCAAGACGCAUGCAGUUCCUUAAAUUCCUUAAUUGUAACAAUUAAUUCAUCU